AUGAUGCGAGAAAACUGGUUUCCUACUACAGCCAGUUACCUCUGUUCAGCUCAUUUCGAAGAGAAAUAUAUGUACCACAUAAAUGUCCAGAGGCGCCUUUUGUCAAAACCAGUACCUACUAUCUUUAACUUUCCACCACAUUUACAAAAGCAAGAUAAAGUAUUACGACCACAACCCAGAAAGCGAUCUUUCGACAAUUUGCAAGAUAGUGCUAUUACAGUGACAUCAUUAACACAAAUGCCUGUCGGACCCACAUCUGCUUCUGCUGACCACGAUUACUGUCUACCAAGCCCUAAGAAGUUGAAAACACAAUAUAACAGAGUACAAGCAGAGAAUGUGCGACUAAAGAAGCGGAUAAAGCAAAUGAAGCAACUUAGUGUACGACACAAAAGAAGAAUAGUGCAGUUACAGACUGUAGUUGCUGGUUUGAGAAGAAGGCUAUGUAGUUCAGUUUCUGAAAUGUUAAACAGUGAACAUGUAGUUGAAAACCCUGAGGAAGCAAAAGAUAGGAGAGUUAUUAAGGCCGUUUUUGUGACUCGUACACCUCCACUUAAGCGAACAGAUGACAAAAUUACAUCUACUUGGAAGACAACAUUUGACUUUUCAGGCUAUGCAAGAAAGAAAUGA